AUGGAGUCAUUUGUUCAAUCGUCAUUUUCACCUUUGCUCAAAGAGCUGUUCUGCAGAGUCAAGAGGACAUGCUCUCCUCAGACCUACGAGGCAGUAUUACAUGAACGAGACGGUCUCCUCACGCGUGAUGAUGAUUGCGUUUCUUUUGAAUCAACUGUUAGGCAGCAUUUCUACGAACAGCCAUGGAUCAAUCAACGCCGAAAAAGAUUCGAAGCCAUCGUUUUCUUUUCAUGUGCAGCACCGCGAAUGUGGUUUUCUCCUCGUCUUCCGAGAGAUCUUGAGAUUAUGUACACUAUCUAUUUCAUAUACACAUUCCUUGUAGAUGACGAGGAACCUCAGGUUUCAGACUACACAUCUCUAGUUACAAUGGAGACUGCCCCGACAUCGUUCAUGGCCAGCUUCCGUUCUCAUCUCGAUAAGAUGAAAAAACAUUUCUCUGACGAAGAGUACUGGUACUUCCUGAAAGGACUUAUCGACUUCAUCCUAAUGACACGAAUUGAGCAUUUGCUUCACGGUCGUGUUCACACACUCUCUAAGUCCUCGGUUCACUUCCCAUGGUACUGGAAGCAACUUGCUACCAGUGCAGCACCUCAUACAGCUAUGGUUCUCCGUGAUCACUCAGACUUGGUCUUAAAGAAGCAAGUCGACUGCGAAUUGGAGCGAUACAUGUCAUUUGUCAACGACCUCUGUAGUUGGUAUAAAGAGAGGGUGGUAGGGGACGAGGUGAUAUACGAAGAGAUAAACUCUCACAUUCGAUCCGAAAAUAGCCAUAAGGGCUUACAGCACCUUUUAGACGAAACUAUUGGAUGCAUGGAACGAUGUAGAGAGAUAUGUUCGCAUGAUACUGAACUAUUAAAGUCAGUCGAUUAUUUCCUGGUUGGAUAUUUCCAAUGGCAUUUGGUUACGGGUCGUUACAAGCUUGCACCGUUUCUACAGAUUGAUAUAUCGAUGGAUACUGAGUCUUAG